GGAGACUCCUCCUCUCAUGUAUUCGAUGUUACUUGAAUAUCUUUUUUAAACUCAAUACACAUGGUGACAUGGCCAUGACCUCACGUGUUUUUCGGCUAGGAAGAAAUUUAAUUUGCUAGAUCCUUUUCUUGUCGCCAGUACCCCCCAGUUACGGAGAGUUCCCUUGCCGGCGGUGUUCGAAGCAGAACCGUAAUCAGUCAAUGUCGUCAGAAUCAUCAUCAUCUUCCACUCUCCGAGACACUCUCCUCCGGUUAUCAAAUUCAAUCUCCGAUUCUCUCGCCGCAACUCAAUACACUCCUCACAGAAGCUCCAACAUCUCCGUCAAAGCAUUUCUCCAACCUCUUCUCUCAUCCACAAAUUCCAUCAAAGACUUCGCUCUAGCAUGCGCUCUUUUAUCCUCAUCCAUACAAUCCAAUUCAGACCUUCUUUCAUGGAUCCCUAAUCACCUUUCUUCACUCGCAACCACUUCCUUUUACCAACUCUCCCAAAUUUACCUAACACUCUUCCAAGAUAGAAACUCUCAAAAGCUUGAUGAAUUGGGUUUGAAUUGUACCCUGGUUCCUUCACACAAGAGGUUGCUGAUUCAAUUGUUGCCUGAAGUAAUUCCUUUUCUGAAGGAUAGAAUUAAGGAGAGUUCUGUUGAUAAGUCUGAUGAAUGUGAUGAGUUUUCUGCCGCGUCUGCUAGAGUUCCGGUUGGGUUUGCGAUUCUUGCUGCUUAUCAGUUUAGAUGGUUUGUUACUCAGGUUGAUUAUCCUCAUUUGGGCAAGUUGUGUGGAUGGGUGAUUCCUUGUGCAUUGAAUGCUGUUGAUCAUUGGUCGCCAGCGGUGAAGGGAGAGGGCAUGAUUAGCUUUAUGCAUCUUGGAAAAAAUGUGGAUGCUGCUGAGCUGGGAGGGUUUGAGGAUGUGAUACUUGAUGCCUGCUGCCAGAAUAUAGCUUCUGAUGAUGAAAUAUGGCACUGUGUAAUUGAGGCAUCAAUAACUCUAAUGUCACUUACUCAUAAAAGUAAUCCGCGCAGUCCGUGGUUUGAAAGGAUGUUGAAUGAGAUGUUAAGUCACUUGGAGCGUCAACCAAGAAACAAAGAGCGCCGCAUUGCAUGGCUUAAAUCUGUUGAGUCGCUAUUUAAUGGAGUUGGUCUUGUGCUUUUAGCUCACUUCAGGCGCAUUUUUCCAUUAUUUUUUCAGUGGAUGCAUGCAGAUGAUGAUGAUACUAUUAUUUUGGUUCUGAAAUGUACCUACGAAGUUUUGAGAUUGACUUGGAUUAGGAACUCGCCUUAUGUUGCAAGAUCGAUAGAUGAACUUGCUCUUGUCUAUAAGGAGGCAGCACUGAGAACAGCCCGGGAAGAGAUUCGAGCAAAUAUAUCUCAGAUUCUGGUCCUACUUCAAGAAAGCAAAGGCCAGCAUUUUAAUGUAGCAUGGGACAAGCAUAAAUCCGAUCCAGAUUUGACCUCUCUUAGUCUGUCAUUGAGUGGAAGAAACAAUUGUAACCUUGAUACCCUACCUUCAGAGAAUAGUCUGCAGAGUUCUGGUAUCGUUCAAACAUGAUAAGUUUGACAUUCAUUUUUUAUUAUUUCAGUGCUAGACAUGGUUGCAACAAUUUGAGUUCGUGGGUACAUGUAAUUUAACAAGAACAAACUUUGGAGCAUGAAUAAUAAAGCCAAGUUUUAUAUA